CGCAAGGGAAAGUUGUGCCGUCGUAUAAGCUGUGAUAUUUUUUUGUUUCAAAAUGCCGGUCGAUUUCAGUGGAAAAUGGAAGGUGAAAUCGUGCGAUGCCAACGUUGAUGAAAUAAUGACGAAGAGUGGCUACCCUGCUCCAGUUAUCGAGUACAUGAAGACCAAGAUCAGUUUUGAAACCAAGCAGAGUGGCGAUGAUUACGAGAACACUUACAGAACUCCUGACGGUAAAGAGAAGGUAGUCAAGGGGAAGAUCGGUCAGAAAAUGGAAGACAAGGAUUUAAUGGGCAGAACGUAUACGUCUUUGACGAACUGGGAAGGUGAUAAACUUGUGAGUGAGGUGACCUACAGUGAUGGAUCAGUGCCAAACUCUAGGAUCGUUAGGGAAAUAAAGGGAAGCAACAUGAUUACGAUGUCCACUUUGGUUGACGCCGGAAUAACCUCAGAGAUGGUCUUCGAGAAAUGCUGAUUACUUCGUCAAGUCUUUUUAGAAAAAAAACUCGUACAUGUGUGUGGGUUACGUAGGAAUCUCGUAGUAACAUCCAUUUCUGUCGACCAGAGUAAAUGAUACAACAAUCACCGGCGCCGGCAAGGAACGUCCAUGGGAAGGCCAUGCUGAGAACCCCAGGGACGUCUGCCUGUGUCAAGGAAGGCGCAAUGCCAUUACACAGAAUACGUGGGGACUUUUACCAUUUCCUUUGGUAAUACGGGAUGGUGGUCCAACACAAGCACAGUGUUUCGUCUUGCCACUCAUUUUCUUCAGCCAAUACGAUACAAGGCUCACGCAACUGACUUCUUGCAAAAGAAUCACAACUGUUGUAAAGUUUCUAUACGAUACA